CAGUAGAGUGUAUAGCUCGAGGCCUUAGACAAAUUUAAUUAAAUUGGUCAUCAAAGAGCGGUGGUCAACCAAAAGGGAGUGACGAGAGUUGUUGGCAAGGACAGGCCCGCUUUGUAUUUGAACAAUUUUAUUCCUCCUAUAAGCCCGUAAUGCCCUCCGACUUCAGCAUGGAAACGGCUGAGAAGCAGCCUCAGGGCUUCGUGGUCAGCCGCAGGGCAGCCCUGGCGCUUUUGGCCACCGCCUUCGCGGCCAUCGUCCUGACCGCCCUAAUUAUGCACAGCGUCUCAUCGUCGAAAUGCAAAUCGGCCCUUGAGAAGGAAAACCUCAUAGACGGUCAGAAUUGGCCGGCCCUCGCCCCUCCAAAGGUCAAGGACGUCCGACUGCCGCGUUCGGUGGUGCCGGACCGGUACCAUGUUCGGCUGGUGCCUCAUCUUUGGGGCACCGGCUCAAACUUCACAUUCUCAGGCAGUGUCAACAUUAAGGUCAACGUGACUGAAGACACCAACAAUAUCACCCUCCAUGCUAAUGAGCUUAUUAUAAAGCAAGAGGCAACCAGAAUAUUUGCAGCAACCCCUGGGAGUGACACUCUGGGUGGGUCUGUAACCGUCACGUCUCAAAGUAGAGACGUACCCAGGCAAUUUUACAUACUCCAUACCUCAGAAACCCUGAAGAAGGGCAAAACCUACGAGGUUCAAAUGACAUUUACUGGCAAACUAAACGACCUUCUCCAAGGUUUCUACCGCAGUUCGUACCAGCAAAACAACCAAUCAAAAUGGAUAGCAACGACGCAGUUCCAGCCGACGGACGCUCGGCAAGCCUUCCCUUGCUUUGACGAACCGGCACUCAAGGCCAAGUUCAAAAUCAGCCUGGCGCGGCCUAAGGGACUCUCGUCUGUGUCCAACAUGCCCAAAAAGAAUUCACAAUCCGAGCCAGUCGACGGUUUGCCCGGCUGGGAGUGGGACCACUUUGAAGAAAGCGUCCCCAUGUCCACUUAUCUCGUCGCCUUUGUUGUUUCCGAGUUUUCGCGGAUGGACAACGGCUCGUUUUCGGUGUGGACGCGAAGGGACGCCAUCCAACAGGCCGCAUACUCUCUGCAAGUUGGCCCGGCGAUUUUGAAAUACUUUGAGCAGUAUUUCCAACUUCCCUUCCCUCUGCCCAAAAUCGACAUGGUCGCGCUGCCGGAUUUUGCUGCCGGCGCCAUGGAAAACUGGGGACUUAUCACCUACAGGGAAACCGCUAUGUUAUACGAGGAGGGAGUCUCCGCCAGCAGUAGCAAGCAAAGGGUGGCCACUGUGGUUUCGCACGAACUGGCUCACCAGUGGUUUGGAAAUCUAGUCACGCCGGAGUGGUGGACUGACCUCUGGCUGAACGAGGGUUUUGCAACCUAUGUGGAGUACCUGGGUGUUGAUGCUGUAGAGCCAUCUUGGCAAAUUAUGGAGCAGUUUGUAAUUGACGAGAUACAAAACGUAUUCUCACUAGACGCACUUGAAACGUCUCACCCCAUUUCAAUAGAGGUCGGUCACCCAGACGAGAUCAAUGAAAUAUUUGAUCGAAUUUCAUAUCACAAAGGUGCUUCCAUUAUAAGAAUGAUGGACCAUUUCUUGACACAUGACGUGUUUUCCAAAGGACUGAACAACUACCUAAAGAAAAAGGCGUUCAAAAGUGCAACGCAAAAUGAUCUAUGGACGGCGCUGACCGAUCAGGCCUACGCAGACAAAGCGCUUCAAUCGAGUAUGAGUGUGGCCAAAAUUAUGAACACCUGGACUCUGCAGACUGGUUUUCCAGUAAUAAAAGUUGACAGAAAUUACCCUGAUGGUUCUGCCGUCAUCAAACAAAGCCGCUUCCUGCUUAACCCUGAUAGCAAUGUUACCAAACAAGAGUAUUGGUGGGUGCCAAUUACCUACACAACCGCAUCAGUUAAAGACUUCAACACAACCAAACCCAGUCUUUGGCUGAAAAAGGAACCAAAAUCAACAAUUUCAGAUCUACCUCGAGGAGAUACAGAGUGGCUCAUUUUAAAUAUUCAACAAACAGGAUUCUACAGAGUAAACUAUGAUGAGAAAAACUGGGCUCUUUUGACAAAAGCUCUGAAUUCUGAAAACUUCAGCGGUAUCCACGUCAUCAACAGGGCGCAAUUACUUGAUGACGCUUUGGCUUUGGCCAGGGCGGGACAUUUGGAUUACGGCACCGCCUUGGACGUGACCAAAUAUUUGGAGAGGGAGCUCGAUUACAUCCCUUGGAAAGCGGCCCUUAACUCUCUGAAUUACAUCGACAACAUGCUCGUCAGGACUGCCGCCUACGCCAAUUUUAAAGCCUACAUGAGAAAUCUAAUUGAACGGCUCUAUGUGGACACCGGCUCGGAAGAAAAACCGGGCGAGCCGCAACUGACGAUCUACAAGCGGGUGAAAGUCAUGAGCUGGGCCUGUAGUUUGGGCCACGAGGGCUGCAUCAAUCACAGCAUCAGCGUGUUCAACCAGUGGCUUAAAAGUCCCAAUCCCGACCAGCAGAACCCGGUUCCAGCCAACUUGAAAAAUGUGAUAUACUGCACCGCGAUCAAACACGGCGGACAAAAGGAGUGGGACUUUGUCUGGCAACGAUAUCUCAAAUCGAACGUUGGCUCCGAGAGAGACCUGCUGCUCACCUCGCUGGGGUGCACCAGAGAGACGUGGCUCUUAAACAGAUAUUUGCUGUGGGCCGUUACGGAGAACUCGGGAAUCAGAAAGCAAGACUGCGCAAGGGUGUUUGGAUCCGUCUCGAACAAUGUUAUUGGCUCGUCAAUAGCGUUUAAUUUCCUUAGGGACGAGUGGGAACGCAUCAAAAACUACACCAUCGGACCAGGUGGACUUGGGGACACGGUUGACUCGCUGACCUACUCCAUCGUGAGCCCGUCGGACACUGAGCAGUUGAAGCAGUUCGCCAAGCGACACCGCAGCGAACUGGGCCCUGCGACUAGGGCAGUGGAGCAGUCGAUUGAGCGGGCUGAGGCCAAUGUCAACUGGAUGGCGAGAAACGCAGCGCACAUCGAGACGUGGCUCAAGGCAGCCGCAAUCUUCAGCGGCCAAGAAGCCCUUGCGAAAAGUUAAGCGCCGGCGGAGAAGCGGAACUUUUGCGCCCCUCCUCGAUUAUUGUGCAUUUCUAGAUUUACAAAUUGUGCACGUGCAAUGACGUAUUGUACGCAUCUUCUGUACUUACUGACUAACCCCCCGACCUUGUGGCUAUUUUUAUAAACAUUUACUCGGCGUGCGUUAAUUUUUUUAUUCUUAAUUUCAAUUAUUAUCAUCAGUUAAAUUAUAUUGUUAUGUUUUUUAAAUUAAAACUAUCCUCAAGUAUCUGCUAAAUGUACACGCUUAAUUUUAGUUGGAAGUUUAAUAAAUUGUGCAUAUUUCAUAAAA